CAGCAGCAUGAGGAGGCGGUAUAGGGGCCCAUGGCAGAUUAGGGGCCUGGCAGCAGCUAGGGAGGCCCGUAAUCUGCCAGCACCCUAUGACAAAAAAUGGAACACACCAGCAGUGUGUGGAGACCUGAAAGUGGCACAUGGCAGAGUGUGGCGAUGGAGACAGCAGCAAUGGGAGGCCGCCCGUAAUCUGCCAGCACCCUAUGUCAAAAAAUUCAACACACCAGCAGUGUGUGAGGAGACCUGAAAGUGGCACAUGGCAGAGUGUGGCGAUGGAGACAGCAGCAAUGGGAGGCCGUACAGGGACCCAUGAGAGACUCUGGACCUGGCAGCAGCAUGA